AUCGUAUAUAUUACUACGCCCACAAGUCUACAUGUCUUUUGACUGAUCUGGGAAUAUACUUGUUUUGAAGAAUUUAUGUGUUAAUCCUGUAUUAAACAGGUGUUUUUUACUGAAUGAUUUUAUCAUAAGACUUUAUUCAGAGAGGUGCACUUAACUGCAUGCACUAUGCUUCUGUGAAAUACUUAUUGACACUUGUAUCAACCACUUGUCUGCCAUGAUGAACAGCAAAGCAAGAAACCGUGGGGGUCGGUUAAAUCAAGGAGGACGAUCUGACAAACGACAGAUGAAUUAUACACAGGACAGACCAAUGCGAAGCAACAACCCCAGAGGUCCUGUUGGUGACAGGAACAUCAGUAUUGAUGGUGUAUAUAAGAACCAGAGAUACACCCAUGUUGUAUUCUCCUUAGUGGGUUUUAAUGUUCAGGUUCAAGUGAAAAAUGGCAAAGUGUAUGAAGGUGUCCUGAAAACCGUCUCACCAAAGGGUGACAUAGUGUUAGAGGUGGCGCAUGUUCUGGGUGAGGGAGAGGGAUUAGCCACACCCAGCAAGGACCAGGUGAUCCCAAAACUUAUUGUAAAGCAACAGGACGUCAUCAUGGUUACUGCAUCUAGUGUAGACCUCGACCACGCAGUGAAAGAUACGUUCACAGACACGGGCAUCAGCAAAUUUAAUGGGGAGAUGAUGGAAAAGGAUUUGCGUGAGCUGCAGCCUUGGGAAUGUGAAGGGUCCGAUGAGAUAUCGCUGGAGGGAGACGGGGACAGGUCGUCUAAUGGCUGGGAUGUCAAUGAUAUGUUCCAUACAAAUGCUACACAGUUCAAUGUUAAGACCUCGUAUGAUGAAUCUAUGGAGCAGUACACUACAAAGUUGGAGCGUGAGAAUACAGAAGAGUAUCGCCAGCGAGAGGAGCAUGCAAGGAAAAUAGCCGAGGAUAUCGAGCGCAACCCAAAUUACCGUAAACGCCAAGAGCUCGAAAACAUUAAUGGAGAUGACGAGGAGUCUCGUUUCAGUUCGGUUGUUCGCCCAGGAGAGGGGGAGGCCCCCACCUCUCAUCCGGGCACUGGCGGGUCGGGGAAGUAUGUGCCUCCAUACAAGCGUCAGGUAUCAGGAGGCAGGCCAAAUUCAUCAAGGGGUGGAUACAACUCGCAGGCCCCAGGUCGCCCCUCCCAGCAGACUCCACAGCUCUCUACAGAAUCUGUUAAUGGUACCAGUGAAGUGCCUGGUCGUCCGCCAGUACCUGCUUCCACAGCGGGUCCCACAGUGAAAACUAGUCAGGUGCCUAAUGAGCACAGCCAAUCAGCAGACAAGCAAGAACACCCCUCUCCCUCCCAAGCCAAGACCGGUGGCAGAUUUAAGAGGGACAAACAGAUUGAAGAGUUGAAACGGUUCAGCUCCGAUUUCAAGCUGGAUGAUACAAAAGAUUCAAUGAGGGAACGUGAGAAAGAUAAGGACUCCAAUGUGAUAAAGGAGUCAGUGUCAGAAACAAAAGAUACCAGUGUUGUCAGCACCGCCAGCCCCUGUACAACCACCAGUGUAACAGUAGUUAGUGAAGCAGACAGUUCUAACAAUAGAGGCUCUAACAGAGUGUCUAGUGCAGACUCAGGCAGUAAAACUGCCGUGUCAGCCAGUAAACAGGAAGUGUCAUCAUCAGUCUCAACCUCAUCAGCAUCUCAGUCAGCUGAACAAAGAGCCGAGGGGGACAGCUCUAGUUUUAGUGUUAGUGAGACCAAGUCUACUGUGAAGGAGCCUCAAGCCAUGGACACUGCCCUCUCUCAGGCAGAAAAAAAGUCUAUGUUAAAUGCAAACGCCAAGGAAUUUGUCCCGAAGUUUUCCCUAGCAUCCAGUCAGCAGAUCCCUACACCACCACGGCCCCAAACUCAAAGCCCGAUUGUUCAUGUGGGCCCUAAUGUGAUGAACCCUGGGAUGUACCAGCCUCAACUGUUCAUGAACCCUGCUAACAUCGUCAUGAACUCUCAACAACCGCAGCAGCAACAGGCAAUGAUCGGCUUGAAAAAUCAUCCACCAAAAAGAGCCGUAGUGUCAGUGAAGCCUGAUUACACACAGUCGGCAGUGCAAGCAGCGACGGGUCAGCCCCUCUUGGCCAACUCCCAGCCAUACAUGUACAUGCUCCCCCCACAGCCCACAGGCUUCCUGGGACAGGUCAUGCCAAUGCCAGCUGCCCAACCAUCAGGCCAGAGAUUCAUGACACCAACGUCUGUACAAGGGAUGGUGCCCAACUCCAUGCAUGGGUCUGUGGACCAGGGUCCCCAAACAAUGCAGUCUUUCAACAUGUAUGUGAGCCAGCCUGGUCCGAUGCCAGCCCACAUGGCACCACAUCCACAGCACCUGCCCCACGUCAUCCCCAACUCCCAGCAAGGCCAGCAGAUGAACCCCAGCCUGCCCUCUGGGGGUGGGCCCCACCACCAGCAUCCAGCCCCCAGCCCCGUACACACCAACCCCAGUCAGCCUGGUGCCGUCAACCCCGGACAACAUCCACCCUCAUCUGGCACCCCACAGCCACCACAGGGCUACCCUGGGAAUCUGCAGAAUCAUCCUCCCCUGCAGCCAAGCCCCCACAACCAGACAUCUCCCCAGAACAUGCAGAACAUGCCUUACCCAUUCACCUCCCACGGGGGGCACCAGAUGCAGAUGCAGGGCCAUGGUGCUGGGGGCGGCCAAAACUUCUCCGCUCCCCAGCAGCAGCAGCCUGGUGUGCCAACCUCUACCACGUACAGUGUGCAGGGUCACCAGCACCACCACUCGAACCCCCAUAUGCAAGGCCAGCCCCAAUUUGUGAUGAUGCCAUCUAACCAGCACCACCCGCCAUCAGGUCAGAUGAACCACCAUCAUCCACACCUCACACAGUUCCAGGGACACCACAUGUCAGGUAACUACCAACGUGGUGGGAACAUGCAGCCCCAUCUGAUGUCCCAGUCUGGUGUUCAGGGGAUUCCUCAAAACCCUGGGGCACAGGGCCCCCUCGCCCAACACCAGAUGCAGCAUUUUAUGUCCAGUGUCCAGCAAUCCGGAGGUCAGCACAUGGCGAGCUAUCAGCCCUCCCAGUAAAUCACGCCCCCAACUCUUAACAUACGCUCUCAUCAUGUCUGGCAGCGGCUGCAUUGUCAAGCGCCAUCCACACGCGGCCGGAACACUUCAUCGUUCAGCACAUCAGAAAGUGAAUGAAGCGUGCUGCACACCGUGCCUACCCUUCCCUUCUCUCAUCUUCUUUGUGUCUGUCUAAAGCUCCACAUUGUAACAUUAAUAAAACAACUCAACUCAUGAGGCUGUCAAGUGGCAAACCUAGUGAAGUUUGUCAUUGAAUAAACUUAUUUAUGAAUGAGAAAAUGUGUAAUAGAAUACCUGUUAAUGAUGGUGUGAAUUGGUCUUAAUGGCAUUUUGGUUCUUUAAGAUGACACCCUUGAAUUGAUUGUUUAACUUGUUUAAAAAUUGUUUUCUUUUUUAUUGUUGCACAGAACCAAGCCCAACAGUAAAGGAGACGUAAUCAUAUUAUCAUUUUUUGCAUAAUUCUUUUUCACAAUUGCCAUAAAGAGCAUGAAGGUUUGUGUUACAGGUUGUUAUAAGUACAUUAAAUUGAACCAGAUGACUUUAAUUGAAGUGCUUACAUUUAGAUUUGAAGGUAAAAGAUAACUUUCAAAAUUCUGUGAAAUGUUUCCUAUUAUUAUGUUAAAGGUCACGCCAUGUCAUAUCCGGUUGUAAUGAUGGGCCGUUGUCUGAAAUAGAAAUGGCCAUAUUUCUGUAUCCAUGGAAAAUCAACCAUGUCCUAUAUUUUAUUUUGUGUUAUGUCAUGAAAGGACAGAAGUCGCUACUUUGUCCAUUGCCAUUUAAAGUUACAACCAUUUGUGAUUUGUUAUGUUUAAAUGCAGAGUUUAAAUCUGUGUGAAUGCCUGUGCUUUGGAGUUCCACAUUGCCUAAUGAAGAUGGGAGCUAGAUGAUGCAAUACGUACAUGUUUCUUGAGUUUUUAUACUGAAAUCAUUGGGAAUUAGCAGUAUACUGUUGAAGAGUACUUGUUUGAAUUUUAAACAUGCACAAUUUGUCUAUGAUUAUGUUGGAAAUGCUAUUGGACAGUGAUGGAGUUUUGUUACAGUAAUCAUGUGGUUGUCAGUGGCCUAGUACUCAAAUCAUGCUUAGAAAAUGGCCACGUUCCCCUCGCAAUCAUUGAGUUUGAGAAAUAAAGAUUACUAAAAAAUGUCUUAUUCAAAAUCGAAGAGAAUGUAAAGAAGUUGUAGAGUCCAUGCCCUGAAGAAAAAUAAAAGAAAAUUUGGA